AUGCCUUCAGACAGGCUGUCCAAGGCCCGCGUGGCGAUUAUAGGUGCUGGCGUGUCUGGACUAAGAUGCGCGGACGUACUACUCAGUGCUGGUGCCACCAAUGUGAAAGUGUUUGAAGCUCGUGAUCGGAUCGGUGGUCGCGUUCAUCAGAUACGCUCGAGUGGGCAUCUUGUCGAUUUGGGAGCCAACUGGAUCCAUUCAACGAAUGCCAAUCCAAUUUUGCAACUGGCUCACGAAACCAAUACGCAGCUCUUUUGGCGUCCUUCUACUCAAGCCACUGUCGGUUCUGAUGGGAAGAGAAGAGAUGCUAAGACAACUGCGACUCUCAGAGAGAGAUUUUGGGCUUACAUUGACAAAGCCCACGAAUACAGCGCUCAGCACGCUGCUAAUAUAGACCCUGAAACCAGUCUCAUGGAGUUCAUCAAGGUGACAGCGACCAUGGAAAUCGGCCAGGAUCCUGACUUUCUCCGAGACUUGCUGAAUGAAGCGCAGCGGUAUGGCCAGUUCAUAGGCAAUCCGACCUCCACACAGAGUUUGAAGUUUCUUUGCAUGGAGGACGAGCCCGGUGGAACGGAUGCCUUCUUGGCCAAUACAUACAGAGACAUUCUCGGUUAUAUGGCCAAGCAAGUGGUCGAGAAAAACCUUGUACAUUUUGGCACCGAGAUCAAACAUAUGUCCAUGGAGACAACCGGCGAAGAUUCGUCAAUACUGGUUGAGACACUACAGGGGAUCUCCGAAACAUUCGACGAGGUAGUCAUUUCCUCAAACAAAGAGAAAACAUUUACACCUCCCUUGCCUGCUAGCAUUUCGCAGGCGAUCGAAAACCUUGGCUACGGACGACUCGAGAAGCUUUACUUAACGUUUCCGACAGCCUGGUGGCUUGAGAAGCCACAAGAUCCGCUCGCCACAAUGGAGGAUCCAUAUCCAUGCUUCACCCAUUUCCAUGAUAACGCAUACGGGAAGCAUCCACCGGGGCUUCCUUCGAACGUGGUAGUGAUAUCGCUGGCUCAUCUUCCUGACGGUUUCGCGCAGCCGACCCUCCUGUUUUAUAUUCACGGCCCCUGUGGCACCAAAGUGGUACAAUCCGUCGAGACUCUGGAGCCGCACUCCGAUACUUACAACAAAGCCAUUGAUGGAUUCGCAAAACCUUACUACUCCCGUUUGGCGAACUAUUCUGACCACAAUAGUUCGUGCAAGCCUAUCUCACACUUCUGCUCAUCGUGGCAGCUCGACCCUUUGGCAGGAAAGGGAUCCUAUACGAACAUACAGACUGGAAGCACUCAAGCACGUAAAGACCUUGAGACUCUGCGCGAUGGCGCUGGAUUAGGUGAGAGCACUGGGUUGUGGUUCGUGGGAGAACAUACCGCCCCUGCAGCAUACUUGGCCACGGUCACUGGUGCUUAUCUCAGUGGUGAGCGCGUGGCCAACAGAAUCCUUAAGAAAUGGGAGUCAUAG